CGGCUUCGUCGCCUUCUGUGCCUUCUGCUUCUGUGAUUGAUGCUAGUACGACCUCGAUGUCUGCUAGUACAACUUCGAACGGCGCCGCAGCUGUGGAAAAGGGCGGUGAUCAAGCCGCUCUAGCUCCUGAUCAGGGAAGAUCAGAGGACGAUGAUAGUGGAGCCGAACGGAGAAGGAAAAGGAAGAAACGGGAAAAGAAAUCUCGUACCGUAUCAAAAGGAAAAAUCCCCCCUCCCCAUAUCGAAAUUGAAAUCUGUGAUGCGGGAUUUGUGUACACAAAUCGGCUUUGUCUUGCAGUAGAAGACUGCAGGCACAUACAAAGCCGGAGUAGGGGCGUUUUGGUGUAGGCGCCUAGCAAGGCAGGCAUAUCCUCCGUAGGACAUGCAGCAUUACAAUCUGCCUGCAGAACGCGGCGGGGUUUUGGAUUUGCCUUCUUACAAUACAGAGACGAUUUGUGACCUCAAAUCAGCAUCACAAAUUUCCAGAAGUAUCCCGUUUUGGUAUGGGGAGGGGGAGUUUUUCCUUUCAAUAUACCGGAAAUCUUGUUGAAACAGGCACAGGGGCAGAUACCUCCGAGGACGUAGUAGUUGCAGCAGCAGGUCAAGGACGAGCUCCGCGUUCCAGUGCAGCGGAACGCCUGCAGCCUAUUGCAGAUGCAGGCCAACGUGAGCCCCCUGGAGAAGAUUUUCGUCCCGGGCUUUCCUCCGACGAGAGCAGCACGACAUCCGCCCUGGACCGCACCGGAAGUGAAGGGCAGGAGCACGCUGGACAACACAAAGAACGUGCGUCGUCCUCUUCACAGCAAGUUUCAACAUCCGCUCGUCUUGCUGUUCCCGCUAGGAAAACCCGUGCGUCCGCUGUGCUUGGGAAAGAACAGAAUGACAAAAAGAUGAAUUCUGUGCAAAAGAACCUGUCUUCGCUUUCGGCCAAAGACCUGCUGCACCACUACGAAAUGAACAAAGAGAAAGAAGAACAAGCAGAAGAAGCCGAAGGUUUUUAUCCACUUCCCGAGCAAUCACCGUUUCUCAGCACGAAAUUUACCGAGCAAGAAGUGCGAGACCGGCGGAGAGAGGCGAUCGCGAAAGGCGGACAAGACGUGUCGCAAAUCGGCAACAGGAAUGCGGUGCGAAAACCUGAAGAGACGGAAGACGCUUUUCGAAAAAGGCUGACGCGGGAAAGUCUGGAAGCCCAGGGAAUACAGUACUCGCUAGCCGAUGUGGGUGGACCGUCGGGAGCCGAUGUUGAAAACACGGUCGUGAGCAGCAAUAGUGCGAGUACGAUCAGCAGCAGCGCAGCUUCCUCGUCUGCUGAAGCUUCUACUUCCCAUGGACCAGAUAGGCAGCCCGAAAAGAAACGUCGCGAGAGUACCAAGACCGCGAGGAAGAAUGAGAAGCGAAAGCAAAAGAUCAUGAAGCGGGUAAGUCGCAAAACGAGACCGUCGGAAGGGGAAAGCCAAAGUAGCAGCAGGAAGGAGGAUGAUAGCGGGCAGGAUUUAGUUCCUCUUCGUGAAGAAGUACUAGAGAGGGGCGAUGACAAAGACGAUGCUAUGAGGAAAAGAAAAAAACAAAACGCCGCACAAAUGCUCUCACCGAAUAAAGCUGCAGGUGAAGGCGCUUUUCCCACGAGUUCCUCCGCGGGGGCCGCCGGAGCAUCGGCAACAGGAGCUGCAGGCAGAGGUGGACCUACUGCAACUACAUCUGCUCUUUCCCCGCAAACGCAGGCGGGCAGCGUUCUGAAACCGUCUUGGUAUCACGGAAAGAUUGGGAAAAAGGGCCGCAAAAUAAGGCGCGACAGCCGGGAAAACGAAAUUUCUGCCAGCUCGGAGGACACAACCAGCGGGAAAAGUGAUAAGUACAAGGGCAACAAAUACGAUUUUGGCGAACACUUAGCAGCUGGCGCGGGGCGCGGGAAUUAUACCGGCCGACGAGGAGGUCGAGGUGGUACGCAAUACAAAGUAUUUCCCGUACAACUUACUACAACACGUACAAAAAAUAAAUGCACAUGACUUUGCCAACGCGAUGAAGAGUCCGUUUGAUUUGUCAUGCUGAGCAAGCUGGUGGAGAACUUUUGUCAUGCGGACGACUCAGCAUAUGUUCAAUUUGUAAGUGGGUUCGGGAAAUAAACAUUUGUCGCGGAUAGCAGCUGGUGUCACGAGGGCUAGCGCUGCGGAGAGAAGCGGGAAUGGACCAGGUCUUGACGAUGAGGAGUUCGAGGAAGAGAUCGACCCCGCAGUGCUUGCUGCGGAGCGCAGACGGGUGGAGGCAGAUCAAGACCGAAAACGGCGGAUGCGCGAGCUGGGCUCGAAGUACACCCUGAUAGAAGACGCCGUGGAGCUGUCGCCGCGCCAGAAG